CAAAUCCUCUCUGUUCAACUCUGCUCGUUGUGUUCCUCCUGCCAGAGCAUCUCGACGAUGUUUACAUCUAGCUCUGACACUGCUGCUACUAAGAGGAAACGAGCGUGCGACUACUGCAAGCUUAAGAGGGUCAUCUGUCAUCCUCAGCCGGACGGAAAGUCGUGCCCUCGCUGCUUAGAGAAGGGCAUCCAAUGUACUACCACUAUACUUCCCAGAAAGCCCCGUGGCUCGGCGAAGAAGCCGGCCAACAGCGAAGCGCAGAGCAGCAGGAAACACACCGACCAUAAAGAUGCGGAGGCCUCUGGUAGCGCCGUGGUAAUUGGAAAGUCGGGGUUAUCUAUCCCUCCUGUGCUUUCAAGCACCAUCUCUUCCAUUCCGUGCCAUCUUAUCCAGGAUGCAUUACAGGUGUGCACAUCCAUGAUGCCUGCAGCCGGUCCUGGACUCGUUCCUCUUCGCCAGCACCGUGCCCUUCUUGAAAGCUGUGGAUGGGAUAUACAGCUCCUCGCCCCUCAAGCUCGCGUCCUGACCCUCUGCCUCCUCGCAAUCGCGUCUCUCGUGUCCGUCGACCCUUCUUAUGUGGGAUACGACUCGCACGGCCGGCAGUACUCCGCCGCCCACCUUGACUGGAAUUCGGUCUCCAGCGCGGUCAUGGGUACCCGAGAGCUGCGCGAGCUGGGAAGAAGGCGAAGAUCCAUAUGCGCGCAGCUGUACGGCGAGGCUGUGCGGCAAGCGCACUUGGAUGGGAUCACCACACUGGCUUCGCGAGAGAACGCAGCUUCCUGUCUUCUGCUCAACAUCCUCGAUGUAGCGCACACGCCUAACACGAAUCUACCUUGGGCGACCGCCUUCGUGUGGCAAUUGAGGUCGCUGUCCGAUAUGGACGCUAUUGAUACCACAUUCGAUAUCUGGGACUCGCCGUCUAGGGAUCUCGCUGGCUUUCAAUGGCGCGUAGCUUUGGUCUUCAUCGCUAUCUCUGCUAUCAAGACAGGGACGAGCCUACCCUUCUCCGUGGACGACGAGGAGCUCAUCUGCGGCUCAACACCUGCGAGUGUGGACGACGCCUUUGAGCAGGCAUCCAGCCUAUCCCGCCGCGACGCCGUCGUCCUACUCAUGCAGGCUGUGUACACCCGCAGCAUAUACCUAAUGCGCGACGCGCUCGCGAGGAUCGUCGGCAUCCGCGCCCUUCGGAACCCGCCAGACGACUUCACCGUCCUUCAGCAAGUCACUGCCGCCGAACGCCACCGCGAGCACCUCAUCCGCCUCCGCCGCUUCCUUCGCGCACAUGCUGCCGGGCCCAGCCUGCAGCUCUGCCUUCACAGCACCAGCGUGGCGCAUUGUGUCCUCGCCGUCGCGCUCCAUCGCGCACCCGCGUCGCACCUAGAUAUGGCGAGAGUAUAUUCGACCGAUUUGGGGACGAAGCUCAGCAAGAGUGCUAGAACGCUCGCGCGGCGUGCAGUGGUCGACGCUGUCGGGGACGUCCGGAAUGUCGUCGCGUCACACUGGCUGCGAUUCAACCAGGUCGGUGGGUUUGAUGCCUGGGCAGAGGUGCUCCUCGACGAUUCCGAGGACGAGGACGUCGACGUCACCUUGUACGAGCGUCAUCAGACUUUGACGAGGUUGCGAGAUCUGCUCGCCUUCAGCCAGUUCAUUGGAAUCGACGGGGUCGACAUGAUACCCGCAAUCGAUGCGGAACUGCAGGUUCUUAGCGUCCGUUUGGCCCAGGGCACUCCCAGUCGCGACGAUAGAUAUGGCUUUGAGAUGUCCGUAGGAGAAGGAGCGCCCUCUCCUAGCGAGGUACACAUGGGAGGGCUCGCGGCAGCGGCCAUAGGUUAUGGUCCCGAGGAGCCAACUGUGUGGUCUGCCGCGCUGGAUGAUAUGCUCGGGACUCCUGCGCCGGAGAUGGAUCGGACGUCGCAACUCCCAAGUUUACUACCUGACCUGGCAGUAUCCGACGACAUACUUGAUACGACCCCGCUGCCAGGAAAAGAGUCACACCAGCCUCCAGAUACGUCGCAAUGGGAACGAUGGAUGCAGCCAGUCGGUUCUCCGUAGUUGUUGUAGUGUAUCCUGGAGCGAAAGAGACUUCAAAAACAUGAAGGUGAAGACUGACAAGAAUGGC